AUGGCGGACUUCGCAGAUUCGGUCCUCGCAGAAGCAGCGGCGACUGCGACAAACCCGAACCCUUCCACUGAUCACCAUGGAGCUCUCGGACAAGAUGGGGACAAUAAGUUCCAAAAGGCUAUAUCGGCCUGGCGAAACAUUGACCUGACGUCCAUGAUCCCAAACCUGGACAACACCGCAUCGGAAAUCGUUCAGUAUCAAAGGGACUCUACUGUGCAGCGUAAAGAUUUGGCGCAGAAAACGAAGGAUUUUAGGAAACUUGACGAUUCGGCGAAAUUAGGGGAGAUUAAGGGAUUAUUGAAAGCAUACCAAACCUUCAUUGAUCUUCUUACGAAUCAUUCCAAGUCUACAAACUCGGCCUUUUUACAAGUGUACUCUGCAUUAUCCGAGGCGCCCGAUCCAUAUCCGUUGUUGGAGGCUUCCGUCGAUUCCCUUCUGUUGUCCGAGGAUACUCUACCCAAAGUUACUCAAGAAAAUGAACACCUUCAAAAGAGCGUCAGUAAGCUCACGACACAAUUGGAAGAGACAGAGUCUAGGCUGGAGUCGGAGAGGACAGCACGGAAGACAAUUGAGGAGGGCUUAGAAACUAAAGUCAAGGAAAUUGAGAGUUCGUGGGCGGCUGUGCUAGAAGAGAAAAAGGACAACUGGGAAGCCAAAGAGAAAUUGCUGGAGGAGAAGGUAGAGAACCAGGACCGGUUACUGAAUGAGAUCAAGGCGAGCUACGAGGUGACCCAACGACUAGGGCAGUCUGAAACCUCCGAGGACAGUGGCCGUGGUCAUGUCACCAGUGCGGAAUUGGAAAUGGUGAAUUCGGAUCUCGAGCGUACGAGCGUGAGAUUGGCAGAAGUCGAAGCACGAAAUGAGCAGCUCCGAAUCGAAUUGGCACAGUCGGCCUCUCAGGUACCCAGUCAGCCCGCAUUAGCCUUAGAAGACGAUCCUGGCUAUAUGCGAAUGCGGUCAGAGAAUUCAUCCCUCUUAAGAAAGUUGGAUGCGGCUAGAGUUGAAAGGGAUGCAAGGAAACGAGAAUUGGAUGGUAAAUUAAGAUCACUCGAAAGAGAGAUCGGGCUGCUCAAAGAGGAGCGUGAUGCUUUGAAAUCCAAGGUUCAAAAAUGGAGUGACUAUGAAGAUGUUAAGCAAGAGCUUGAAGUCUUGAAGAGCAUCGAAUUUUCACUUGGAGAUGAUGAAGACACGCAAGACGUCGCCGAUUCGACCACAAACGCAGCAAACGGAGCCCCCGAGAACGGAUCAUCGACCAAGGGAAAGGGGGACACGCUGGAGCAACUUCUCUUGGCACGUAAUAAGAAGCUAAGUGACGAGUUGACAAUCCUAAGAGUAUCUCACCAAGAUUUACAAAGCCGACUUCAGUCGAUGCAAGAAGAGCUCUCCAAAACUAAUGCGGAUCUCGAAAGGACCCAGCAUUUGAACGCCACGUUGGAGAAUGAUCUUGCAAACGUGCAGCAUGGAGCUGCGAAUGCCUAUCCUUCAGGUGCCUCUGUUGCUGGUACAUACACAAGCCGCUACCCUCAAUCAUCAACAAAUCCGGCUUCAAGCUCAUACGCCGGGCGGAAAGGAAGAGUAUCGCCCACCUCAUCAAUCAUAUCUGGUUUCGAUCCCAGGUCGUCGUCCUUGGGAACAACUUCUCUGGAGGCUCUGCGCUCUGGAGAACCCGUAGGCGGAGGCUCAGGCAUUCUGCCAAUGAUUACGGCGCAGCGUGAUCGAUUUAAGAAAAGAAAUACGCAGCUUGAAAAUGAACUUUCAGAGAGCCAUCGUACCGUAUCGUCACUGCGUCAAGAAAUUGCGUCGUUGCAGAAGGACAAUCUAAGUCUGUACGAGAAAACGAGAUAUAUUUCUACAUACAACAGAGCAGGGCCGACAGCAUCCUCGUCCUCUUCCUAUGCCACGAAUCCUAACCCUUCCAUAGUACAGAUGUCCUCGUCUACAUCGUCAGGCCUGGCGUUAGAUCGAUAUCGUUCGGCAUAUGAAUCUAACAUCUCACCCUUUGCGGCAUUUAGAGGGCGAGAAUCAGCCCGAGCUUACAAACGCAUGAGUCUUCCCGAACGCAUGGUCUUUUCAAUCACGAGAAUGGUUUUAGCUACUAGAACGAGUCGGAAUCUUUUUGCAGGAUAUUGCGUAGCGUUGCACGUCAUAGUGUUCUUUGCUCUAUACUGGCUGGGAACUGUUGACGUGGAGCAACAGGCAAGCCAUCUCGGACAGGCUACCGUGGCUGCAGCAGCAGGCCCCCUUGUCAAUGCGGCCGGAGCGGACUCAAAGCAUAGAGACUGGCAUCAAGAAGGGUUCAGUGGAAACAUAUCGUGA